CUCUUUUUUGCUUUACCUUUGGUAUUGAAUUGUGGAACCAUGCAAAUUUGAUAACAUGGGCUUCACAUCCAAUUUCAUCGACCUUGUUAAUUCCGUUAUGUCCGGUGGUCCGUGUGGAGAAUCGUCAGCAGCUCGCAUAUCGCAUUCCGAAACCCUAAUAAAUCUACGAAGUAGCAGUAAAUAGCUGGAAAUCCAGUGUUUGGAUAUCAUCAAACCAUUGCAUAUAGAUCAUGUGGAGUUGGAUAGACGUUGUUUCCGGCGGAGUUAGCGGACAUAUAUCAUUAAAACCUCGUACAUGAUAUCACUGCGCCUGUGCCUAUGCCUGCCUCAAGGCCAUAUAUAUAUUAGCCAUACACCAGUAGUUUGUCAUUUCAACCUAUACAACCGUUCAUCCAAGAAGAACCCAUCAUUUCGUCAUGUCUUCCCAACCACAUCUCACUCGCUACCGACAGCUCGCCCCCUCGGCGUCCGUCAGAGUCUCUCCGCUAUGUCUAGGUGCCAUGACCUUCGGCACGGCAGGAAAAGAGCGAUACGGAGAAUGCAGCAAGGACGCCGCGUUUGAGAUCCUGGACUAUUUCGUCAGUCAGGGCGGGAACUUCAUCGAUACCGCUAACGCAUACCGAGAAGAGCAAUCCGAGAUCUGGCUGGGUGAAUGGCUUGCCGCCAGGCAAAACAGGGAUCAGAUGGUCAUUGCAACCAAAUACACCACGGGGUGGCAAGGUCAUCACAAGGACAAGAUCCAAGCCAACUAUGGUGGGAACGGAACCAAGUCAAUGCGUGUCUCGCUCGAGGCGUCGCUGCGCAAACUUCAGACAACCUAUAUCGACUUGUUCUACGUGCACUGGUGGGACUACACAGUUUCGAUCCCGGAGUUGAUGCACAGCCUGAAUGAUCUUGUUGUCUCGGGGAAGGUCCUGUACCUGGGUAUCUCUGAUACCCCCGCCUGGGUGGUCGCGAAAGCCAACCAGUACGCUCGCGACCAUGGCCUGCGGCAAUUCACCGUGUAUCAGGGGAUGUGGAAUGCAGCGAUGCGUGAUUUUGAACGAGAGAUCAUACCCAUGUGCCGCGAUGAAGGAAUGGGCCUAUGUCCGUAUGGAGUGCUGAAUCAAGGUCGCUUCCAAACUGAGGAGGGAUAUAAAGAACGCGAGAAGAGGAACGACGGUCGGAAUUUCAUCCCUUUGUCUGAGCACGAUAAGAAAGUUUCCCGUGUGAUUGAAAAUGUCGCCAAUGCGAAAGGCGUAGAGCUUCUGCAAGUCGCUCUGGCUUAUGUUCUUCAGAAGACACCCUAUGUGUUUCCCAUCGUCGGUGCUAGGAAAGUAGAGCAUAUCAAGGGAGUGAUGCCGGGGGUUGGAAUUACGUUGACAACUGAGGAGAUUGAGAAGAUCGAAUCGGCGUAUACGUUUGACCCAGGAUUCCCGCAUACUUUCCUCAGCGGAACGCUAUUUGGGGAUGGCGCCCCUCAAGGUGCAUAUAGCCCAGGAGAUGUGUGGUUGACCAAGCCGUUGGGAACCUUUGACUGGGUAGGAUAUCCGGAGGCAAUUGCGCCAGUUGAGAGGAAUUAACGGUCGACUCCUCAGUUGCCUUGCACUAUAGUGCGCAUCUAGAUAUGUCCAAUGGUCACUGUCAUUGCUUGACUACUUUUAUCAAGUCAAAAUAAUUUUGGUACAUUGCAAUUAUCUGUAAUUGCACCAAAAGCAACUAUAUUUACCCAGGUAACAUAAUUAGUAUAUUCUGGAUCCCUACUGCUUAAUCAGACGUAU